AUGCAUCGCCGAGCUGGUCGGCCCAAGUCGCAUACGGGAUGCAACACCUGCAAGUCGGUAGUCCGCCACGUAAAAUGUGACGAACAAAAGCCAGCGUGUCGGCAAUGCGCCGUUUCCGGCCGCAAGUGUGAUGGAUACGAGGUCAACUUGUCGCAGAGGGAGCUGCGUGAGAGGAUAAUCACGUCUUACCAGCGCCCUACUAGGGCUCCAGAAAGCUGCAUUAUCCUAAGUCAAGGUACUCGCCAGGAGAGACAAUACGUCCAUCUGUUCUGCACACAGACUUCACCUGCACUUUCAGGCUUCUUUUUUUCGCAGCUCUGGAACCGACUGGUUCCUCAGCUGAGUCAAACAGAAUCUAUCGUUCGAUAUGCUGUUGCUGCUGUUGGGGCAGCUCACUACAAAAACUCCAAGACAAACGACCCAGGCUUCGUCGAGAUGUUCAUAUGGCAGCAAUACAAUAAGGCCAUUCGAAAUCUAACUUUACAUCUAUCCACGCUACCCAGUGAACAACAAAAGGACACCCAAGCGGACUUGACCCUGAUUACCUGUAGCUUGUUUGUAUGUCUGGAAAUGCUCAUGGGCAACCACGAACAAGCGUUCAAUCAUCUAGAGGCAGGGGUGAAUCUCGUGUAUCGAAGGAGUCAGGUAUCAGCUUAUCAAAGUACCGACUCGCAAACCAUUUCUAGUGAGCUAUCGGAUCUGUUCUCCCGCUUUCGUAUUGAAUUGGACUUAUCUGAACGGUCCACAAGACUGUGUACAUGGGCAGCAAUGUCACACAAAGACUCCAUGCUGUCAUCUGACUUUACCGAUAUUGCACAUGCCCGUAGAAGUCUAUCUAUUGUGGGCAUGAACAGCAUAGGUAUGAUCAGAGGCUCUAGUAUUCAUCAAAUUCCCUGUGCUGGCGAUUCUCAAGACCCGCAUUGGCAGGAGGUUGGAAAUCAACUGCGAGCCAAGUUAGAACCCAUAAAACAGGAGCUUGAUUUGUGGGCUGUCAAGUUUGAAAUUUUUAUGCUGUCGAGGAAGGGCAGAUCAGCAGAUCAGCGUGCAGCUCUUGCUCUUCGUCUCGACCAUCGCAUUAACCUCAUUAUGUCACUUUCACUACUGCACCGCAGCGAGAUCGAGUUCGAUAGGUUUAACGAUGACUUUAUAUACAUAGUAAGAACAGCAACCGAGCUACUGCGACUUGAUGCAGAACAGUCUGAAAACAACAGUUUACAGUCACCCUUCCGUCUUGAAGCCGGCGUCAUUCGUACAUUACACUGGACUGCCCUCAAGUGCCGCGAUCCCCUGACGAGACGCGAGGCUAUUCGGCUCAUGUCUAUGUACCGUCGAAAGGAGGGCGUAUGGGACUGGCGCCGGUCAGUCAAGAUCACCGAGAGGAUAGUGGCGCUAGAGGAGGCCGGUUUAUCGUUUCUUCCGAUAGAGAAAAGGGUUCCCGACGAUCAACACCGUAUUUAUGCCACGGCGUAUCUCGACGAUUCAUUCUCCGAGCAAACCCAAGUCAAGAUCUGCUGGAAGCCCGAUGGACAAAAAGGAACAUUGCAGCAAAGGAUGGAAACCGUCAAAUGGGCAUGA